AGGCAAAGAACGGGCUUGAAUGGAAUCUUUUACCUCCAACACUUCAUAGACGGCACACGAAAGGAUUUCUUUACCUGCUGCUUGGGAAUAAGUGAUUUGAAUAAUUGCUUAAGCCACUAUGGAGACAACCAGUGAUACCACAAAAAUCCUAGAGAAGGGUCCUGAAUACCUUCGAAAGCAAAUGGAACUGGAGAAUGAGGCAAAAGGGCGCAUGAGUGCGGUGGAAAGGCUUGCAGCAACCAAACCAAAAUAUGUCAAGAGCCAACGGGUGGUCAACUCGACUCAGGAGCCAGCGAUCAGUCUCGGAUCAGCUUCUGUGAGUAGCACUGGGUCUUCUAACCGGAGUUCAAACCGUGGUGGAAAACUUGUCACAAGGAGUGACUCACCUGAGGCUACACGUGUUGCACAAAGCUGCACACCGGGGCAGGUACGUAGGUCCAGCUCCAAAAAACGACCAGACUCUCUUCUGCUUUACAGGCAGAAAUGUGAAUUAUUGAGAGGGUCUCCAACUGUCCGGAAACACAAUAGAACACGCAAGUUGCUACACAGCUCUGUGAAUAAAAAUGUUCCACUACCUGAGGCAGCAGAUAAGGAAUAUGAGUCUGAGGGCAACAAGGAAAAAAUCCCCACGCCUGAGGAACCUGCAAAGGAAUUUAGCCCAAAUAUAGUUGUAGUAACGGAACAACAUGCCACCAAAAACAGUGUUCCUGUCAGUGUGACAGCAGCUGUUGAGAAUACAUCUGCCGGUCUCCUUAAGGUCCCUGCGAUUCGAAGAUGUGGUAAAGGUGUAAGUCGCUCUCACUCUGACAUCAGUUCCAGGUACUCCAAAAAUUUUGCAGAUUUUGAUGCUUUUUUCAAGUACUGCGGGCUGGAUGGUGAGGUCAUCGAGUCUAUGGGGAAGGAGAACUUCUCUGCUCGCUCGGAUGAAAUUGCAAUAAACAUCCGAAGCGCCAGCGUCUCUACAUCAGAUGACGUAUUCUCCAGGCACAGCGGUGACAGUGACGGGCUACUGGAAGAUGACUUGAAUAAAAAGACACACCAAGGGACAUCAGUUAUUGAGCGCAAUGCACGGAUUAUCAAAUGGCUUUAUAGCUGCAAAAAUGCUGAAGAGACAGGGAAAAAGUUAAGAGACCUCGAUUGAGAUUUUCUCAAAAAUGAUUUUUUCGAAGCCCUUAGUGCCAAAUGCUUCCCUGAUACUGUUAGAUGAUACAUUUUAUCCAUCACUGACAAGACAUGUUGUGAAAUGUUCAUGUAUUUUUCUGUCCAAUGGCUCACUCAGAGAUGGUGUUUUCUAAGAAAGCAGUUACAGGUGAUUUGUGGCUUUA